GGAUGAAGAGCGUUGGGGUUGGCUCCGGUCCUGUGGACCUCACGCGCGUCCGUGGAGCCCCCUGUCUUCUUCCAAGAGCCCCUCCCGCCGCUCUCAGCUUGGCUGCGUGCUCUUCCAUUGUCCUCGAGGCCGUGGGCGCCCAGAAGCGCGUGCGAGCCCUCUGCUGAUGCCGAGGCUGCUGUUGCGCCCCUGUCACACGGUGCGUCCCCCACCCCAUGGAGCCGCCCGCCGGGGCCACUGCCAUCAAAAAGGAUCCAGAGGACAGAGACGAAGACCCCGGCAGCCCCAAUGACUCAGCGCCCGCCGCGGACCACCGGUCCAGGACUUCGUCCCCGCAGAAAGUGGGGCCUGCGCUACAAGAUUGGGACACUGUAGCCACCGUGGGCACUGGGACCUUUGGUCGUGUGAACCUGGUGAAGGAGAAGACAGGUAGGCGGUACUAUGCCUUGAAGAUUAUGAGCAUCCCAGAUGUCAUUCGCCUGAAACAGGAACAGCAUGUGCAGAAUGAGAAAGCAGUCCUGAAGGAAAUCAACCAUCCCUUCCUCAUUAAGCUGUUCUGGACAGGCCAUGACAACCGUUUUCUUUACAUGCUGAUGGAGUUUGUGCCUGGUGGUGAGCUAUUCACCUACCUGCGGAACCGUGGUCGCUUCUCCUCGGUUGCUGGAAUCUUCUACUCCACAGAGAUCGUGUGUGCCAUUGAAUACCUGCACUCCAAGGAGAUCGUGUACAGGGACUUGAAGCCUGAAAAUAUCCUUCUAGAUCGGGAAGGACAUAUCAAACUCACUGACUUUGGCUUUGCCAAGAAACUGGUGGAUAGGACAUGGACCCUCUGUGGGACCCCAGAAUACCUCGCUCCAGAAGUCAUUCAGAGCAAAGGUCAUGGGAGAGCCGUGGACUGGUGGGCACUGGGCAUCCUUAUAUUCGAGAUGCUGUCUGGGUUUCCCCCAUUUUUCGAUGACAACCCAUUUGGGAUUUACCAGAAAAUUCUUGCAUGCAAAAUAGAUUUUCCCAGACACUUGGAUUUCACCUCUAAGGACCUCAUUAAGAAGCUGCUUGUGGUGGACAGGACACGGCGCCUAGGCAACAUGAAGAAUGGAGCAGAAGACAUCAAGCGGCAUCGGUGGUUCCGGGGUGUAGACUGGGAGUCAGUGCCACAGAGGAAACUGAAGCCACCCAUUGUGCCUAAGUUAUCAGGUGAUGGCGACACCUCCAACUUUGAGACUUACCCAGAGAGUGAGUGGGACAAAGCCCCUUCGGUAUCCGACAAAGAACUAGAAACAUUCAAAAAUUUCUGAGAACAAGAACCCACAUCUGCAAGGAGCUUGAAGAAUUCCGUGCAGCACCGAGGACCAGAACCAUUUUUGUUAUUUGUUUUGUUUUGUUCUUGCUGUGAAACUAGAAGGACGUGGUGUUUGUAUCCACAGUUCCUGCAAGGAUAACGGGAUUGAUGCUGUUAGGACCUCAUUUAGACAACUGGAAACAUGCCCAGUGGGAAGUAUGCAAAAACUGUUGAGUUGUAGAUUUUUUUUUUCUUUAUUUGUGAGUCUUGUGUUUGUGCUGUGGAUUUAGUUUUUGUUUGUUUGAUUGUUUCUCUACUGAACUUUGUAAGUUUGAAUUUGACCCAUUUGAUUAUAGCUGUCAGUGUGUCAGAAGCUGUGCAAACUGGACAUGUUGGUACUUUGAUGUGCCUGUGACAUGUUCAUUUUUCAAGGCUUUCUGAAAAAUGUUUCCCUGCAGGCAAAAAAAAAAAAAAAAAGGUGUGGUAUAUGCAUUUUAAAAAUGCCUUUCUAUUCAUUUUUCAGUCAUUUGUUUAUUUAGUUGUUGUUUGUGUAUUUAGUUCCUCUCUGGUCACUUUAGACUUAGAAAGCCACAUGUCCUGCAGACCCUCAUUCAGAUAUGGCACAAAUGUGUGGCUUUCCCCGAAUCUUUCAGUUUAGACAUUUUCAGUAAAAUAUCCCUUCUACUGAUAGGCUAGGGUCAGAUGAUAGGGGAGGAGGACAUCCCCUAUCAGUGGACUAGGGGAGGGGCAUAGGGGGAG